AUGGAGUCUAUCUUGGAUUUCUCAACAGAUUUGGAUAUCAACAUCUUUGACCAAACCGUAGACACCUUUUACAAAGGUUCGGGUGAAAACCAGAAACAAGCCCAGGCAGUAUUGAACAAAUUUCAAGAGAACCCUGAAUCUUGGAAGUUUGUUGACAAUAUCUUGUCCAACUCAAACAACUCACAAUCGAAAUAUAUCGCUCUUUCGUGCCUAAACAAAUUAAUCCAGUACAGAUGGAAAACAAUUCCUGAAGAAGAAAGAAUUGGGAUUAGAAAUUUUGUCGUGAAUAUGAUCAUUGCAUUGUGCAAUGAUGAAGCGGAAUUUGAAACCCAAAGAGCACUCAUAAACAAAAUCGACUUGACUUUGGUGUCGAUUUUAAAACAAGAAUGGCCACACAAUUGGCCAGAAUUUAUCCCCGAGAUUGUGGCAAGUUCUAGAUCAUCGUUCAAUGUAUGCGAGAACAAUAUGAUUAUUUUAAAAUUGCUUAGUGAAGAAGUGUUUGACUAUAGCCAAGAUCAAUUAACCCAAGCCAAAGCCCAGCUGUUGAAAACUAGUAUGAGAAACGAAUUUGAAAAAAUCUUCAAAUUGUGUUAUGAAGUGUUGGACAAGACUACAAAGUCAUCUUUGAUCAUUGCAACAUUGAAUGCACUUUUGAGGUAUAUCCAAUGGAUCCCAGUUGACUACAUCUAUCAAACAAAUUUGUUGGACUUGUUAUCGUCCAAGUUCCUUGCACCAGCUGACACCAGAGCAAUUGCCUUGAAGUGUUUAACAGAGAUUAACACUCUCCCUGGAGCAAAUGAAAAGACCUUGUUGUACUUUAAAAAUGCAAUGGACCAAAUUUACACAAUUGUGCCAUUGACCUCGAACUUGAAAGAAAGUUAUAAAGUUGCUUCUUCAGCAGACCAAUCAUUUUUGCAAGAUUUGGCAAUGUUUUUAUGCACCUACUUGAGCAACCAUUUGGCAAUUUUAGAGAAGCAUGAUGAAGCCAAAGAGUUGUUGCAAAAUGCUCUCUUUUAUUUGCUUCAAUUGUCAAGAAUUGAGGAAAGAGAAUUGUUCAAGACAUGUUUGGAUUUCUGGCAAGUAUUUGUUCACCAGCUUUUCCAAGAAACGAGGGAGUUGCCAAAUAAUGAGCUUAGUCCGAUGAUGCAAUUGACUUAUGGAAGCUCAUUGAGACCCGGUACUUCGGGUGGUGCACCAGAUCCAGCGCUUUUGGCCAAAUUCCCUUUGAGACAACAUCAAUACGCUGAGGUUUUGUCCAAAUUGAGACUCGUCAUUAUCGAAAACAUGGCAAGACCCGAAGAAGUGUUGAUUGUUGAAAACGAUGAAGGUGAAAUUGUACGUGAAUUUGUUAAGGAAAGUGAUACUAUUCAAUUGUACAAGUCCAUGAGAGAAGUGUUGGUUUAUUUGACGCACUUGAAUGUCAUUGAUACCGAACAAAUUAUGAUUGAGAAGUUGGCUCGUCAAAUCGAUGAAUCAGAAUGGUCGUGGCAAAAUAUCAACACCUUGUGUUGGGCCAUUGGCUCGAUAUCAGGGGCAAUGAAUGAGGAUAUGGAAAAGAGAUUCUUGGUCAAUGUCAUUAAGGAUUUGUUAUCACUUACCGAAAUGAAGAGAGGUAAAGAUAACAAGGCUGUUGUUGCGUCAAACAUCAUGUAUAUUGUUGGUCAAUACCCCAGAUUUUUAAAAGCUCAUUGGAAAUUUCUCAAAACUGUUGUAAACAAAUUAUUUGAAUUUAUGCACGAGACGCACGAAGGUGUUCAGGAUAUGGCUUGUGACACAUUUAUCAAGAUUACAAACAAGUGUAAGAAGCACUUUGUUGUUACCCAACAAGCUGAGAGGGAACCAUUUAUUAAUGAGAUUAUCAGAGAAAUUCAAUCAAUCACUGAAGACUUGCAGCCACAACAGGUACACACUUUUUACGAGGCAUGUGGUAUCAUUGUUAGCGCACAAAAUGACAAGGCUGCGAGAGAGAAAUUGUUGAGUGAUUUGAUGGCGUUGCCAAACAUGGCAUGGUCAGCGAUUAUCCAGCAAGCUGGUCAAGAUCCCACAUUGUUAACAAACACGGAAACUGUCAAGAUUAUUGCCAAUAUUAUCAAGACCAACGUUGCUGUUUGUAAGGCUUUGGGACCUGCAUUUUAUUCCCAGUUGGGUGGAUUGUAUGUUGACAUGUUGUCGCUUUAUAAGGCUGUCUCGUCCAUGAUAUCCGAUGCAGUAGCAAAAGAUGGAAUAAUUGCAACAAAGACACCAAAGGUUAGAGGUUUGCGUACCAUAAAGAAGGAGAUCUUGAAGAUGAUUGAAACUUAUAUUAAUCAAGCUGAUAAUUUGGAAGAGAUUGUACGAGAUUUAACUCAACCAUUGUUUGGCGCUGUAUUGGAUGACUAUAGUUCUAAUGUUCCUGAUGCAAGAGAUGCCGAAGUAUUGAGAUGUUUAACUGCAUUGACAGCCAAAGUGGGACAUAUGAUUCCCGAUGGCGUUGUUUUGAUUUUGCAGAGUGUGUUUGAGUGUACCUUGGACAUGAUCAAGAAUGAUUUUGUCGAGUAUCCCGAACACAGAGUCGAGUUUUACAAACUUUUGAAAGAGAUCAAUGCACGGUCAUUCCAAGGUUUAUUACAAUUAUCAGGUGAUGCAUUCCAAUCUUUGAUCAAUGCUGCAUUGUGGGCAUUCAAGCACAACAAUAGAGAAGUCGAAGACAAUGGUUUAUCUUUGACACUAGAUUUGAUCGAGAAUGUUGAACAGCUUGGUGAUACACCAUUUACAAAGGCAUUUUACGAGAACUUUUAUUUCCAGAUUUUGUCAGACACAUUUUAUGUCUUUACCCAACCUGACCACAAAGCAGGAUUUAGGUACCAAGCACAACUCUUGGCACAGUUGAUCCAUGUUGUGCAAGAUGGUGUGAUAAAGUACCCCUUGUACACCCCAGAUCAAGCACCCCAAGGAACGUCCAACUCCGAUUUCCUUAAACAAUACCUUUCGCAAUUACUCUCUAGUGCAUUUGAUAACUUGCAGCCAGACCAGUUGACCAGUUUCCUUAAGGUCUUGACUUCAAACUACAACGACUUGAACAAGUUCAAAGCUACAUUGAGAGACUUCCUUGUGCAAUUGAAGCAAUUUGGUGGUGAUCCAACCGAUUACUUGUUUGCCGAGGACAAGGAGCUCGAGAAGUUGGAGAGCGCGAAGAAACAAAGAGAACAAGAUUUACAAGUUGGUGGGUUGAUUAGGCCUUCUGAGAUGGAUGAUGAUUAG